AUGUAUCCGUGCACUCUUCUAAUGGUAUUGCUGUGUUUGGCAAUAAUGACACACGGUCAUAUACAAAUUCAUGGAACUGGCAUGAGACGGAAUCGGAGAGAUUCCCCCCAUCCUCCGUCUCCGAUUUAUGAUUCUUUUUAUGUACCAAAAAAAGGAUGGGAUGAAACCAAGCCUGGAACUGUUCUCGCGUCGCGAAAUAUCCAAGCGGGAUUCACUAAGACACAAAAGAUCAACUUAGAUGGUGCAUAUCAGCUGCUGUAUCGUACUUCUGGAGUUGAUGAUAAAUCACCUUCGUAUUCUGUCACAACCGUGCUUGUUCCGAAGAAUGCCAGACCUAACAAACUUGUCCUGAUCAUGGCUUACGAGGACAGUAAUUUCGUUGAAUGUGCACCAAGCUAUAAGAUUCAAUUGGGUGCACCUCUCGAAACAAAUCCAAUUCAAACAGUUGAGGAACUCAUGUGGACCUCUGUGUUGAAUGAUGGCUGGACAGUAACAAUUCCUGACCAUCAGGGUCCUCUUUCUGCAUUUUCCUCCAGCUUCAUUCAUGGUCACGCAUCUCUCGAUGCUAUUCGCGCAACGCUAAAUUUUGAACAACUAAAGCUGGAUCCAAAGUCUGCUGUUGUUGGCAUGGGCUAUUCGGGCGGUGCGAUUGCCGGUGGCUGGGCCGCAUCUUUGCUCGGAUCUUACGCCACAGAAUUGAACGUGGUUGGCUGGUCCAUUGGAGGAACCCCAUCCAAUGUUACUGGUACAUUCUAUGGUCUCGAUGGUAGCUUGUUUUCCGGCUUUUCCGUCGCCGGUGUCGCAGGCAUUGUUGAUUCUUAUCCAGAAGUGAAUGAUUAUGUUGGAUCAGUGAUAACUCCGGCAGGAAAUGCUGCUCUACAGUUCACCCGCGAACAUUGUAUGGGUGAUAUCGUAGUCGGACUCCAAAAUGUGAAUCUAACCGGGAAAGACUUUGUGAAAAACGAGAAAAACUUUUUAACGGACAAGCGAAUUGCUCCCAUUUUAGACCAUCUUACUAUGGGGACUGAUUCGAAACUCACACCCAAGGUCCCUGUGUAUAUGUACCAUGCGCUUCAUGAUGAAGUCAUACCGUUUGAUCGGGCCAACCAAACAGCGAAUGCAUGGUGCAAGGGCGGAGCAAACUUGCUAUUCCAGGAAUAUACUGGAAUCGAGAUGGGCCAUGUGUCUACCGAAGUUCUAAACACUCCUUUUGUUUUAAAGUUUAUACGUGACAGAAUGAGCGGCCGAGAAUUUUUGAAUGGCUGCCAGUGGAAAUCCGACUUGAAUCCUUUAUGGCGACCCGACAUUUUGGGCGCACGGCUGACUGAAGUCUUCAACUCAAUAUUAAACUUUUUUGGCACAUCUGUUGGUCGAACCGACCGUAUCAUACAAGAAAGUAUCAUCAAUCAUAACUUCACGUCCAAGUAA